AAAUACGUUUUUUGGACAAGGAGUUGAGUCAAUUGUCAACAGGCUAAGCAAGGCAGUGUCACAGUGAGUGAGCUGUUCGCAAUAUCUGAUAUCGGACGUUUGGAUACACCGUUUUAGUGCGGAAAAAAUUGGUGUAUUUUUCUCACAAUCACGGUUUCUGGUACACGCAGGCGUCUGAGCAUCAUGAAAAUGUGAAACUUGACUCUACAGUGGGCAGAUGUACGUCCCCAGCUGGAUUGAAUGGCACUGAGAAUAAAAGACAAACUGGGAGUGCUGCAAUGACUAGCCAGCACCCUAGCCAUGCAGAAAGCACUUACUCCACAGACCCAAAGCCACCUGCUUUGGCGCCGAAGCUCCAUGUCCAUCGAUCCGAGUCAAAUGAGAACGUUACAAUCCACUUCUCAGUACUUGGGAAGGAAGAAGAAGAGGAAGAGGAAGAGCUUUACACAACAUCACUCUCCUCCACAUCUACCACACAGGAUGACUUAAAUAUUGUGACAGGCAUUGAGGCCAGUGAGGAGAUGUUUGAAGCACAGCAAUUGGAUCCUUCUGUUGAUGAGGCUCCCACAUCCCAAUCUACUAGACUUUCACCACGCUCUACUUCUCAUACAACUUCAUUGCCACAUCUCGCUGAGCAAAAAAGCACAAAUUCAAGUUCAUCACCCACAAAAUCUUUAAGCUUUCCGUCCACUGACAAGUCCUUUAUUACUUUAAUGAAGCCUUUUUCCUCUGAUGAGUCUAAAGAUGGAGUUUCUUCUAUUACUUCUAACACAACAAGACAUAGGCAAUUGAUGAAAUCUCUAGUUAAAUCCUUAUCAUCUGACACAUCUCAGGACUCCUCCACCUAUCGCCUAUCAGAGUCUCGCCUUAAUCUCCAACUAUUCAAACACUUCACUCAGUCCCGAAUGCAGAAUACUACUACGUCAGCAGCCAGUGAUUCAAAAACAACCCCUUCUUCACCAUUGAUCUCACCAGAUAACCGCAGCUUCUUCAAAGUUUCUGAGGUUGAAGCACGAAUUGAAGACACUAAACGUCGUCUCUCCGAGGCUAUCUACGAACCACUUCAACUACUAAGUAAGAUCAUGGAUGAAAAGAGCAGCAGUAGCCUCAGUCGACCAAAGACUCUGUCUGCCAGUGCGUCCGAACUCUAUAACCUGACUUCUGCUGAUGGCCAUCUUGAAAGUAACAACAACGACUGUAUCAAAGAGGAAGAAGGCAGUGAAUUGGAUGGAGAAAGCGCAAACAAUGGACCAACAGAUUUUCACGUGGCACCUUUUGACAUUAAGAGCACCAACAAAUCAUCCUCAUUUCCGAUAUCGUUGGACAAGUGCUCUAUGUCUGCACUCGCAAAACAGGAGGAUGAGGACUUUUACAUUUUGUACAGUGAGGACUUUGAUUCUUGUACUGACACUGAUGUCGAUGUUGGUUCUGGAACUAGUAGGCAGUCUCAAGUGCCAUUGAGUGCAAGUACUGAACAUUGCAGUGAGGAUAAAGAUGAAGAUGCUGAGCUUCUGCCAAGUGUUCCUUACUAUGCCCUUUCUAUCCUUACUCUGCUGGUCUAUGGGUGUUUUAUAUUGCCUUUGCCAGACUAUGUCACAGGGAUGUUGCUUGGAGUGGCGUUUGGAUUCUAUGUAGCAAUAGGAAUUGUGUGGCUGGCUGGACCAGAACCUGACAGACGCUUCAGAUAUUCCAAAGACCAUGAAAAAUUGUGUAAUGCCACACGAUUAGACAUUAAAGAACCACAAAUCUUUAAGGGCUGGAUGAAUGAAAUAACUAACUAUGACCCAGAAACCUACCAUGCCACAUUGACACAUUCUGUGUUUGUCCGCUUGGAGGGCUCCAUCAUCCGUCUGUCUAAACCAAACCACAAUAUUGCCCGACGUGCCAUACACGGUGAACAGAAACCAGAUGUAACCUACAUCAGUCAGAAGAUCUAUGACCUAACAAACAGCAAAGUGCAUCUAGUGCCUCAGAGCCUGGCCCGGAAACGGAUAUGGAACAAAAAAUAUCCCAUCUGCAUUGAACUUGGCAAACAGGAUAAUUUCAUAUCUAAAGUGGAAAAUGACACAAAUGAGAACGGCGCAGAGGGGACAGGAGCCCAGGAGCCAGCUCGGUCAAUGUCAUCCAGUAGAGAUCUGACUCUCUAUCUAUUCGGAAGGACUGGGAGGGACAAGGAAGAAUGGUUUCAGAGGUUUAUUUCAGCUUCUAUGACUAAGGUGGAUUUAAAGAAAGCUGCAAGUCCUGCAAGCUCCAAAGGCGCUCUCAGCUCUGACAGUCGCAGUAGUAGCCGGAGUAGCUUGGAUGAUGCCCUGGCAUCACAGCCCAGGACAAAAGAUUUGCCAACAGCAGACAGUGCCAAAACCCAGCUGUUGGACUACAGUGUCUACAUGGCAUCAUUGUUGCCAAAACAGGUUGCCCUCCAUUCUCCAGAGAACAGCUCUGAGCUAUACUGUCCACAAAGCAGCCCAGCAGCGGAUAAAAAGCCUCAGAGCCCCACGUCAGCACAGGAGCAGCUUAUGGAGGAGUGGGAGGAUCAUGUUGCCUGGGUGAAUGCAGCUGUGGGCCGUCUCUUUUGGGAUUUUCUGAGGGAGCCAUACUGGGCCCAAGUUGUCUCCAAGAAGAUUCAAAUGAAACUUAGCAAAAUAAGGUUGCCAUACUUCAUGAAUGAGCUAACCUUGACAGAAUUAGACAUGGGUGUGUCCACACCGAGGAUCCUUCGAGCAUCCAGUCCUUUCAUCGAUUAUAAAGGUCUGUGGUUUGACUUGGACAUAUCCUACACUGGGUCCUUCCUGAUGACCCUGGAAACUAAGAUGAACCUGAUUCGUCUGGGCAAGGAAGGAGAAAGCCUCCGUUUAGGGGAAGAUGGAUUCAGACCCCGAACUUACUGCCUGGCUGACAGUGACGAGGAGUCUUCCAGUGCAGGCUCAUCAGAUGAAGAAGAUGCCUCUGAGCAGUCAAACGAAAUCCCUGGAGCAGAAGGAUAUACCUUUGUUGGAGGCCACAAACCCAACAAAAUAAUGCGCUUUGUCGACAAGAUCGCCAAAUCCAAAUACUUCCAGAAAGCCACGGAGACAGAGUUCAUCAAGAAAAAGAUGGAGGAAGUGUCCAACACACCUCUCCUUCUCACAGUUGAGGUGCAGAAACUCCAAGGAACUCUUGCUGUCAAUAUACCUCCCCCGCCCACUGACAGGAUUUGGUAUGGCUUUCGGAAGCCGCCUCACCUGGAACUGAAGGCACGACCAAAACUUGGAGAAAGAGAAGUCACUCUGGCUCAAGUCACUGACUGGAUCGAGAAAAAACUGGAGCAGGAGCUGCAGAAAAUUUUUGUAAUGCCGAACAUGGACGAUGUGUGGCUGACUCUCAUGCACUCAGCCAUGGACCAACGAACAGCUACUGGACUUUCGGGUUGUUCUGCAGUGUACAAAGUGCCAUCCCAUCCAGAGAGGGAAAGCACCAGCUAACCACAAAAGAUGCUUGUUUACAAUACAGUGUUUCCAAAUUUAGGACCAAAAAUACACCCCCACUGUUUGAAUAGUUUUCCCUCAACCGAUACAAAAUGUAAGCAAACUAGAUACUUACACAAUACUGUCACUAAACAGAAGGUAUGUGCUGCUCCGUUCAUUGUAUUUGUCAUUUCUUUGAAGGAUUUUCAUGCAAGGAAGAAUGUAUCGGCGAUAGAAUGGCUUAGUUAUAGCUAGUAACAUGCAAUGUAUAACUAGUCGCCUUAUUGUGCUACACAUUUAGAAGCAUUCACCAGAUGUCUUAUGGCCUGCAAAGAAUAAGGUUUUCUUGAGGCCACCGAAAAAGAGUAGAUUGUGUGUCAGGUAUUGACUAAAAUUUAGCAGGUAAAGGCACAGAUUCUUAUUGAUCAGGUGUUAACUAACAGUGUUCAUUUGUGUUGUGACCUCAACCUGAAUGCCACGUUUUAUGUCAAUAAUGUAACUUAUCAACAUCUAUAUAGAUAAUAUAUGCUCAAAGACAAAUCUUAUUUGGGAAAAAUCAGAAUUGACCGUGUACAUUCCAUAUAAUCGUAAACACAAGUGCAAUGAUGUAAAUGCUGCAUUGACUAAUGAAUGAUGUGAUAUAGAUACAGAAGUCUAAUGAGAAGUAUAAUUUGUAAAAGAUUGAUUGAAUGUAUGUGUUAUGUAAUGUUAUAAUGAACAGUGUCUACCUUUUUGAUUGCGAUAUGCAAGUGACUGCACGAAGAGUUUGCAAUGUACAGUGUGUCUCACGAAUUAUGUGAUGUAAUUACAUUUGCAUCAUUUAUAUUUAUGGAACAUUUAAGCUUGUUGACUUAAACAACUCCAACAUCAACCAACUGUGCUUACAAAGAGCUCUACACACCAUUUGUUGAUGUCAUUUAAGUUUGGCCAUACUCUGAUGAUGCCAAGGUACUUCAUUGAAUGCUUCCCUCCAAGAAUAUAAGCUUAUAGAUUACAUGUGUGGAAAAACGUGUUGUAAUUACAAUUUUAACCAAAGUACUACCAUUCGGCAUACAGUGCCAGUCAUCUUUGUUAAAAGGAACACACAUCUGUUGCUAUUUACUGUGUCAGUUGCAAUUGCUACACUUACAGUUGUCAUUGUUUACAAGAAUGAAUACUCUUUGUUUUUUUUUUAAAUGAUACUAAUGGGGUGCAACACCAUAGAUCUGCUUAUGUGAUUGUUUACCCAUAUGCCUUAGUGGGAUAUGCUAACUUUUUUUUUUUCCCAAAGAGAUGGCAUGUGGCUUCUGUUUUUGUCUACUUUGGAGUAAAUAGAAUCACAAAGUUGAGGGUAUAUGAAGAUAACAGCGACUUGUAUCUGUGAAUUAUUACUGACAUUUUAAAAUUAAUGUGCAAUUUUUAAAGCCAAAUAAAGUGAUUGUCUAUCUGCCUUAUUUAUAAAGCAAAAUAAAUUUCAAUCAGUAAAAUAUUUA